AUGGAUCAAGAGCCUUCAUCCUCGGGCGAUGAUUCGGAGAGCGAGUAUUUUUCAAUGAGCGACUAUAGCGAUACUAAGACCAACGACAAGAGCAGCAAAACUGCAUCGAAUGCCAACGGUAAAGCUGAAAACACUCCCGCAGCAAUUCGACAAAAUAGCAGCAAGAGCCAAGGAUCCAACGCCGAAACAGAAGCCCGCCAGCGUGCAAGAAUUGUACAAAGAGACCCAAAGACAAAGUUUGUAUUGUGGCAACCAGAUAUGGGAGAUGGAGACCCUCACCAUUGGCCAGAAGCAAAGGUACUGUUUGAUCCAUUAAUAAUCAAGCGCAGCAAAACCAGCAAGGACUUCUGGGACCAGGCUCCCAAGUACGCGUACUACUCUGAUCGUGCACUCCAUGCUUUGCUUGCUUCUCCAGUGCCCCGUAUCGAAUAUCGGAGAUAUGUGGGUGCGGACUUCAAUCAAAGCGGAGAUCUGCUCACCACAAGACUGCCACGGGGCCUUCCGGCUCUGGACUCGGAAGGUAAUUUCGUACAAUACUCCGAGUUUUGGCUUUGCGGGGACCGAGACAAUCUUAGAGUUGAUCGAAACGCAUACGCGUACAAGGUGCCUGAAAUUCACAGUGCCAAUAGCAGCAAGUGCAAGGCCAAGGCCAAGGUCAAAGAGAAGGGUCCGGAUCCGAUUUGGAACCCGAGCAGCAAGGAGGCAUAUUUGGCACUCCACAAGCCGAUUCCAAUUCCAAGAGUACCAGCAGCGAACAUUCGAGCAGGCAGCAAUGCAGCUUCAGCAGCUCUCGCAGGCUUUGAAAAUGCAGCAACAGAUCAUGACCUAUCUCCUAAUAUUCUACUACCUUUGCCAGUGAGAAGAAAGAGAUCAAUCGGUACCGCCGAAUUGCAGCAAUCACUCGCCGAGCCUUCAAUCAAGAGAACUCAGGAUAAACCCGCGGCGAAGAAAUCAGGAGCAGCAACACGUCAGGCGAGCGACCGACACUUAUCAAGACUGGGUGGGCUUCCACAAAGUAUCCCGCAAUCGGAUCCGAAGGAUUCUAAUGCUUUAACCCUACAAGUACAAGCAUUGAAGCAGGAAAACCAGCGCCUCUUUACCCAACUGCAACUUUUUGAAGAAUCAGUAAACAAUUUAGACAGAAUAGCAAACGAUAUGAAAGCCGAAUUGGAAGAGGUGCGUAGAGAAAAUAAUUCUCUCGAAGCUCAGCUGCAGAGUGAGCAGCAAAGUCAUCAGGCCACGGUAGCAAGUCACAAAACAACAGAAAAGGCAAACGAUAAGCGCCAGGCAAAGCAUCAGGAACAACAGCAGCAAGAGAUUGCGAAUCGCGAUAUUCGUAUCCAGGAACUCGAAUCGUCUGCUAUAGCAAAACAGUCAGCCUUGAAAAACUCGAAGAAAAAUGAAGCCGCUCUUACUACUUUAUCAUCAAGUUUACUUCGCGUUGUUAGUGCAGCAACGACCAUCGAUGAACAGACAACUGCAGACCUGCAGGCUUUCUCAAGUGAUCUCACUGCUGCCCAAAUCACCUUGGAAAAGGCUCUGGCAACCGGACUCAUGAGUGAUAAGAUUUACAAGCAAGCUGCAGCAAUUGAACUCGUGGAGACUCUAACUCCUGCAAAUGGUGACACCACUAUUCUGCCUCGGAUUUUGAGUAGCAUCAAUACGCUCCGUGAGAGCCGCGCUGCUGCUCUUCAGGCUGUAAACGAACUCCCCGCUGAACUCAAGGAAUCUGUUGCCUGUCUUGCGGAUCUGCUACCUCGAAAGGAUACAGAGCCACAAUCUUGA